CCACUCACCUGUGCAGUGUUCGCGACGCACCCCGAGCGAACCGGAGGUGGGGAGCGUCCUCUCCCAGUGCGAGUGACAAACCAUCAUGCGCAAGUGUGCCCUCAUAAGGCUGUAGUUUAGAAAACGUGCUAAAUUAUUUUCUGGAUAUCGGUGCGCUCUUCAGUGGUGAGGAUUUUUUAAAGAUUAUCAGUGACUGUUUGAGUGCGUUCACACCAUGAAGAUGGCCAGGCGAGGAGGCGCGGACCCAACACCCAUAUGCCGUUGCCGAGUGUUGUACCUGGGGUCCUCGGUGCCCCAGGUCACGAAGGAUGGCCUGCAGGGCAUCCAGGAACCCCUGAGAGAGCUGUAUCCUGCUGAAGGGGCGGUCAGUGCCCGGGGGAUCGACUCGUGGCUUUCUGUGUGGUCGAACGGACUUCUGUUGGAGAAUGUCGACGAGAACCAGAAAAAGGUCACUCGGUUCUUCCCCAUCGACUCUCUCCACUACUGCGCCGCCGUCAGGUACGUGGUUGUGUCGGGCGGCGGGGAUGCGACCGUCCCGAGGUUCCUGCCGCUGGACUCGCCCUUCGCCCGGAACCCCAACAUCAACCACCCGCCGCUCUUCGCCUGCAUCAUGCGCAGGACCACAGGCAUCAAGGUGCUGGAAUGCCACGCUUUCAUCUGUAAGCGUGAGACGCCUGCCAAUGCGCUCGUGCGCUGCUGCUUCCACGCCUAUGCGGACUCCAUGUACGCCCGCACCCUGGAGGGCGGAAACAGCCAGUACGGCUCCGUGUACGGCGGCCGGGCCACGGAGGAGCGGGCCAUCGAAAUCGAGGACUUCAGCAGUGCCGCUUCUGAAAUCAUUCCUGCGUCGGUGAACUCGUCCCCGACCCAGGAAGCGCCGGCCUCCCCGACCUCGCAGGGCUCGCCCGGGGACGAAAUAUCCAUAUACAACGGCGACGAGAAUCACAAGGUGUGGGCGGGGCCGCCGAAGACGGAGACGGACCUCAUCUACACGGAAUACAAUUCGGGCACCAUGCGAUCGGCGAGGUCCACGUCGUCGCUCUACGGCACGGCCGGCGGCACGAGACCUGCGCGGCCGCGGCAGAUGAUCAUGCCCUCCGUGGCCCCGCCGCCGCCCCCGGAGAUGGACAAGGACAAGAAGUCAAAGAAGGACUCGAAAAAUAAGUCUCGGCGCGACGACGACGAGAUGAGUCGCCUGACCAACGGCGUCCCGACGCGCCCCGCCAGCGUCGUCAACGGCGGCCCGCGGCACCACAACGGCAGCCUCCCAAGGCACAUGAACGGCCACUCCUCGCCGCCCAAGAGCAAGGGCAAGUUCCCUCGCCUCCUACACGGGAGCAGCAGCCUCUCCGACAGGAGGAGCAAGGGCAUGAGGGGCCCCCCACCCUUCAUCAUGGUCCAGGGGCCACCCGGGCCUCCUGGACCCCACGGGCCGCCCAUGCCUCAUGGCCCGCCGGGGCCACAUGGGCCACACGGGCCGCCAGGAAUUCAUGGGCCUCCUGGUCCCCACGGGCCACCAGGGCCGCACGGACCCCCGGGGCCUCCCCACAUGGUACCCCCCAUGGGUCCCCCGAUGGGUCCCAUGCCGCCUCCUCCUCACAUGAUGCCCCUCCAGGGCCCUCCGCCUCCUCAUAUGCUGCCCCCGCCGGGCCCUCAUCACGCCAUGCUGCCUCCGCCCGGGCCUAUGGCCGCCUAUGGACCCCCUGGGCCCCACGGGCCUCCGGGCAGACGGCCGCCGUCCCGCGUCCUCGAGGAACCCAUUUACAUGCCCUCUACGCGGCCUCUGAGCCCCACGGCCUCCUACCAGCCCGGCCACUUCCCCCACGAGCAGUACCUCCUGCAGCAGUACGCCACUACCGGCCGCCCCAAGCAUAAGAAGAAGAAAAAGAGCAAAAAGGAAUCCGACGAGGACAUCUACGGCAGGAAGGGGCACCUGAAUGAGCGAGCUUUCUCCUACAGCAUCCGGGAGGAGCACAGGUCUCGCUCGUACGGCUCCUUGGCGGGCCUCGGCGAGGACUCCAUGAGUAAGAAGGACCGGGAGAUCCUCCAGAUGGUCGCGGACCUCGAUCUGAGCGGCGACGAACUGGAGCGCGUGGAGCCUCGGCCCGGAGUCUACCGCCCCCCGCACUCCGACCGAUUAUCCGCCGCGGGGACCAUCACCUCCAGAAUCUCCAGAGCCUCCCGACGGUGAACUUCCAGAGCGACGACAGGCAGAGAGGAAGCAACACUUAUCCAUCACCAGCGCCGAUCUUCUCGAGGAAAACAUUAAAAAGAAAAGAAAUAAUAAUACUCGACCUGUUAUAUAUAUUAUAGACUUCGUGUCUCCGUCUCUGUAGUUUACGGAAGCAUUUAAAAAAAAUAAAUAUAUAUGACUUGUGAGAUCCGUGGCCAGUCUCGCGCGUCACGGGUGGUGGGCGUGAGAAGGAGGCGGAAGAUGGACGGAAGGAAGGCAUGGCGAUCACCCAUCCCGCUUCGUGGCUCGGUCGACACUGUUGCAUUUAACGUCGGGGAUUGGGUAUGAGGAGCGGUCGGCAGAGGCGGCGGGAGGGACAGGUGGGGAGGUAGGGCUGAAGGCAGAGGAAUGAUUUUGUAUGUGUUAGAGAGAGAGAGAGAGAGAGAGAGAGAGAGAGAGAGAGAGAGAGAGAGAGAGAGAGAGAGAGAGAGAGAGAGAGAGAGAGAGAGAGAGAGAGAGAGAGCAGUUUCACAACGGCCAAUCGACGCGCCACCGCAAGCUGUGGUCACGCGGUGGGACAGCGGGGCAACAGCGGACGACGCGGGUAACGAGGUUAGUUCGUCGAUAUAGGUGAGGGCAGAACGCCGUCGCAGGCUGGUACUACGCCCGUGGCCUACUGCUCUACUGCAGGCGAGCUCGCGACGUCGAAGCUCCUGUCCACCGCCAUAGCACCACGCCCAUCUAGCCACGCCCCCUGCUAGCCGCAGGCUGUCACCGCCGGCUUGUUACCAGCGUCGAUUCGCAUGCGUUACCUCUAUCGCCGUUCGAUAGUAACACGCGUGCACGAGUGACGCGUGAUAGGAGUUUCCAUUCCGAAACGGAAAUAGUUAAUUACUUUUCUUCUUGUGCGGAAAGUCUCGUGUCGCUUUGUUAUUCAAACUAAAAGGUCUGUAGCCUCUCCAUGGUAGCGGUUUAAAACGUCUUUGCUGUCUCAAGUAUUUCAAAAUGUGUGCGAGAACACCGAGGGUUAGGCCACACCCCUUGCGCCAUUUCUCGUAGUGUUAGUGAAGGGGAGUUCGCUAACGUGAUAUUCAUUUGUUAUUUCGCACUGCAGCACGAUUAGUGUUGCUAUAACAGGACAAGAUGAUCAACAGCAUGAAAUUCCAGUCACAAAUCUCAUGCAUAGAAACAGCAUCAGUUGCAAAUUUCCAUAAAUGACAAAAGAGAAGUUAAGAUCUGAGCACUCCUCUUCAACGUCCAAAUAAGGACUUGGCGUUGGUAACAAGAAUAACGUUCAUGAAACAUUUAAAGCGUGUCAAUUACCCACUAUUGAACUGUUCAUAAAUAUGCCUCGUCAGCUACCAAUCCUCGCCAUAAACGGCACACCCAUUUACAGCUAUGGUAACGUGUGUGGAUAUUGCCUCAGUAAUGACCCUGAGGCUUCCGUCGAAUCAAGAGGGGGGGAGGAAGGAAGGAAGGGAGGGAGGAAAGAAGGAAAGGGGGUGGGUUGGGAUGGGAUGGGGGAGGGGGUAGCGGUAUUCUCCCGCGGGCUGGAAUAAACUUACCAAAGAAUGUGCGAUUUUCUCUCAAGUGAUGCGUGACACGAGCUUGUUCCGAAGCCCAGCACCCCGACUUCGCUCGACUUCUGACUUCGCCCGACCUACCCCGACCGCCUACUCCGCCCGACGCCCGCACGCUCCACGCCCGUGUUGCACAGGUUAAAGAAGAGAAUUAUCAGCUGCUGACAGCUCCAUCACCGCCGCACUUAUGCCUAUGGUGGCUAUAGGCCUAUACGUGUGGCUGACGUAGAGGUGGUGCGAAGCCAUUAGAGAGGAAAGGAGGUUUUGUGCCAUGAAAGUCAGUUUGUAUUUAAUAAAUUAUAGUUUUUUACGUGUUCCUUCCCCCGUCGCUGGUAUGGUGUUUACAACCUUCAGCUUAUCGUCUUAUUGCUCAUGUAACUAGUAUUUUUCUAUUUGUAUAUAUUUUUAUGCGCACAUACACACACACGCACACACACACACGCACACGCACACACACACACACAGAUAUGCAUACAUGUAUAAUAUAUAUUUUUAUACGCACAUACACACACACGCACACGCACACACACACACACACACACACACACACACACACACACACACACACACACACACACACACACACACACACACACACACACACAUAUAUAUCAUCGCAUACAUCGGAAACCUGUUCAGACUUUCUUAGAUAUCAUCCCUUGAGUAUGAAAGUACUUCAUCUUAGAAAGGCAUUUCGCCAUAUAUUUCUGAAGGUUAUGAAAGAAUAAAAACGGAAUGUCUUUGUAUAUUUAUUAAGUCUAUCCCGUCACUGAAAUAGCAUCAAAAUUCCCUCGUAACACCUGUAUGGCAGAUACAGUCGUUGUGAUGAGAAUUUUUGUCUUUCUUCCGUGAAUAACGAAUGUAGAGUUCAUGAUCUGUGCGAAUGUAACUGCGUGAGAACCUCAUGUCAGGAUCUCGACGUGAAGGAAUCUGAAGGAAAAAAAAAAAAACAUUCUGUAAUCAUAUACUCAAAAAGCAAUAAAGGGGGCUCGAGGUCCAGCCAUGGUGGACUGUAGUAAACUUACACUGACUGUUUUCUCUGAGUGACCCGGACAAUCAGAUUACGGAAAAUGACUGGCCUCAGGCUCGCCCCAGCAGCAGGUACACACUGUAACGCAGGCCGAAGGAAAAGCGGUCACCAGGGGAUAAAAGUAGCAUUUUAACCUUACGUUCUUAUCGAUGCAAAUUCAGACUCGGUGUCCGUAGCAAAGAGCUGUGGCUACGGCGCGGGUGGUUGUUUUGCAGCUUUAGAGUUACUGCGAUGUCUUUAUACAUAUUACUUAUUUUGUUGUUAGAAGCUCAAUUAAUGUACAUAGGAGUACGGUGUUUUUUUUUUUUGGCAGUCACUAACUACACCCCCAAGGAGGUGCCAAGCUGGUCGCCCUGUGUAUAGCCCUUUGCUCGUGUAGGUGAUAAAUGUUGCAUAAGUAUUAUAUGUAUCUUUCUUAUCAAUUGUUCUUUAUACACGAAUGUACUAAAUAUCUUAACUAUGAAAUAAAGGAGAGUAAGAGA